GCAGCGUGUCAGGUCCAGGAGCAUCCUCGGAGCCCAGCCGCCAUGAAGCUCGCCGCUGCCUUCCUGGUGCUCAGCGUGGCCCUGCUCAGCCAGCCCAUUGCAGCCUUCUUCAUGAACAUGGCGGCCAAGCCCACGGUCCCGAGCACGGCUGCCCUUGCGCCUGCGGCUGCCCUUGCGCCUGUGGCUGCCCUUGCGCCUGCAGCUGCCCUUGCGCCUGCGGCUGCCCUUGCACCUGCCCUUGCACCUGUGGCUGCCCUUGCGCCUGCGGCUGCCCUUGCACCUGUGGCUGCCCUGGAGGCUGGGGUCGAGAGCGUGGCCGGGGCUGCGGCCCCCUCCUUCUUCAAGGGCUUCAACCCCCUGAGGUUCAUCCUGACCAGCAUGGGCAUCAACGUGGAGCGCCUGGUGGAGGGCUCCAGGAAGUGUGUGACCGAGGUGGGCCCGGACGCCAUGGGGGCCAUGGGGGCCGUGAAGGCGCUACUGAGAGCCCUGACCUUCUUCGGCUGAGCGGCAGCUGGCGCAUCCCUGCCCGCCCGGCGACCAGACGCUGCCGCCUUCAGGCCGGCACCUGCACCAGCCCCACCCGCUCCCUCCCCCUCAAUAAACAG